AUGCCUAACGUUUUCAUCAGCGAGCUCCGACAUUCUUCGCUAAGACAGGGAGUUAUCAUCAAAAACAUUGAACACCUCGAUGUGAUAUCACUUUGGUUUCCUCCAACUGGCAUUGAAGUGAUCGUGUUCGUUCCUUGGAAGCUUUCUGCACUCGCUGAAAAAAUUGGUCUUGAAUUGUGCCUGCUCGACGAGGAUAUGGCUCCCUAUGUAAUCCUCGCGGAUCAAGGUCGCGCUAUGCUUUUGGGUAAGGUCAAGCUCGGUUCUACUAUCUUCAGGGUUCUGCGGUCUGAGGCCUGUCAUGCAAUCUUAGGGGUCGUCUCUAUGUGUGAGAUGGGCAUUACAUUGUUUUUCAAGACCGACGGGGUACGGGGACGGCUCGUGAAAGUAUCGAUAAACAAGCCUGACGGCCAUCAGAUCCAACUGACGGCGGCGAGCGCAGGUGAUCCCGAUCGUCUUCAAUAUGAGCUCUCGGGAAUAGAGGACUGUGAUAACUCGCACCUCGGCAACAACCACAUUUUCCAGAUAUGGAGUCCUCCCACUGAACUUGAGCACAUUGGUCACGCGACGGAUCUCACCAAGCAAUUACAGACGGAUUGUGCGCCGAUAUCCAAGGAUGGGUAUGCGAAAACUACAAAAUGCCGCCCUGUAGUGGACUGCCGAGGUGUCAAUAAGCAUUUGGGGGUGGCGGGCUAUCCUGGUGCCACCGUUGCUGAGAUUCCUGAGAGAUACCAGGCUCAGAUGGGAGCCCUAUAG